AUGAGACACUCGAGUUCAGGAGUUUACGAUGCCCAUACCCAAAUCCCUGAUUCCUACGCUAUCACAAAUCUCAUGCCGUAUUUAGUCUGGCUUACAGGCUGUUACGAUCCGAACCAACAAAAGAUGGCUGCUAAAGUCGAAGUGUGGCGUCCUGAUGCUGAAUGCAGUCUUGAUGUUUUGACGACUAGCUGCCUACACAAUCUUAAAGAGCGUAUUGAUUCGGACUUAUAUAUCCCAUUGUUCCUGGGCUAUCGUCCGCUCUUAUUUACUGGUGCUUGUGAGGAUAAAGCUACGGGUAUUUUCACGGUUCUUGGAGUACAUAUCGGUGUGAGACGCGGAGAUCUUGGUUCGCUCAUCGGCUGUCUUAUCCAUACUUUCUUCGGCUGCGAAGUUGCUGCUCAGGAGACGGGGAAGUUUGGGAAGGACGACGAUGUCAAGAUAUUAGACUUAUAUGCCUAA